CCAUGAAGUGUACUAUGUUCUGCCAUUCAUUUCCAAAGCGACUGGAAGCACCACUCCCAGGAAAGGUGGAGCUGGUGGUGAGAAGCCGGAGGUGAGAGGACCCCUGGGAGGAGAUUUACUCACUGAGUUUCCUGUGUGGAGACGGUAUUCGAGCCCAGCAAGGCUUUGAGACUCCCCAAAGAUGAGCGCCACCAGCAGCAUAGUGGGUCACCCCCUCUGGCAGGGGCCAGUGUGUGUUGGCUGGAAGCAGGAUCUGGAAGGGGCUGUCUACCACCUGGCCAAUUGCUUCUUGCUCCUGGGCUUCAUGGGGGGCAGCGGGGUAUAUGGAUGCUUCUACCUUUUUGGCUUCCUGGGCACAGGCUACCUGUGCUGUGUGCUGUGGGGCUGGUUCAAUGCCUGUGGCCUGGACAUUGUCCUUUGGAGCUUCCUGCUGGCAGUGGCCUGCCUGCUUCAGCUGGCACACCUGGUAUACCGCCUGCGCAAGGAUACCCUCCCUGAGGAGUUUGACCUCCUCUACAAGACGCUGUACCUGCCCCUGCAGGUCCCCCUGCAGACAUACAAGGAGAUUGUUCACUGCUGCGAAGGGCAGGUCUUGACUCUGGCCACUGAACAGACAUAUGCUGUGGAGGGUGAAACACCCAUCAACCGCCUUUCCCUGUUACUCACCGGCCGGGUUCGUGUCAGCCAGGAUGGGCAGUUUCUGCACUACAUCUUUCCAUACCAGUUCAUGGACUCUCCUGAGUGGGAAUCGCUGCAGCCCUCUGAGGAGGGUCUGUUUCAGGUCACUCUGACGGCUGAGACCUCAUGCAGCUACGUUUCCUGGCCCCGGAAGAAUCUCCACCUGCUUCUGACCAAAGAGCGAUACAUCUCCCGCCUCUUCUCAGUGCUGCUGGGCUAUGACAUCUCAGAGAAGCUCUACACUCUCAAUGACAAGCUCUUUGCUAAAUUUGGGCUGCGCUUUGACAUCCGCCUCCCCAGUCUCUACCUCGUCCUGGGUCCUACUGCCUCAGAUGUAGGGCCCGAGUCUGAGAAGGAUGAUGAGGAAGUCUGUGAGCCAGCCCUGUCCCCUCCUCAGGCCGUGCCCACAUCUGUCCAGCAAACACCCCCUCACUCUCCCCCUCCAGCUGCCACCAACCUUCCUGCACCUCCUUUCCGGGCCAGGAUGUCCAGACCUGACAGCGGCAUCCUGGCUUCUAGAACUCCUCUCCAGAGCUACUCUCAAGUUGUGUCCAGGGGCCAGGCCCCUUUGGCUCCAAUCCACACUCCCGAACUUUAAGGAUCAUUGGACUGUCCUUUUCUCUGUGGCCAGUGCCGCUCUCUUCCGUGUUUACAGGCACACCCCUCUUCUCACCCACUGGAAGGCUCCCAGGCAAGGGGAGUGGGCACGGAUGGUGGCUCCAUGGUCGAUACACCAGGGCCCCUGAGUGAUUUUGAGAAAUCCACCCUCACAAGCCUUCCUUCCAGGAGAAGGCAUCCAAAGUGCAUGCACAGAAAAGCCAUCCUUUACUAGCUGCAGAAUCUUGGGCAAGUUAUGUAACCUCUCUGAGCCUCAUCUGUCAAGUGGGGAUUAUAAAACCCACCUCACAGGGUUGUUGUGAGGAUCAAAUGAGUUGAUUUAAGUAGGGCACCUAGGACAUGUUGUGGCACCUAGUAAGCACUAAAUAAAUCAGUCAGCUCCUUUCCCU